AUGGAUUUCAUGGGACCUUUUCCUAGUUCAUUUGGUUUCAACUACAUUUUGCUUGCCGUUGAUUAUGUCUCUAAAUGGGUUGAAGCAAAAGCUACUCGGACUAACGAUGCCAAAGUUGUUGUAGGAUUCUUGAAGUCUAACAUUUUUAGCAGGUUUGAAAUUCCACGAGCCAUCAUAAGCGAUGAAGGAACCCACUUUUGCAAUCGCUCCGUCGAAGCAUUGAUGAAGAAGUAUGGAGUCCAUCACCGUGUAGCCACCACGUACCAUCCUCAAUCCAAUGGCCAAGCCGAGGUGUCCAACCGGGAAGUUAAGAGCAUUUUAGAGAAGACGGUCAACCCAUCAAGGAAGGAUUGGAGUUUGAGAUUGGAUGAUGCGCUUUGGGCCUACAGAACUGCGUAUAAAACUCCAAUAGGUCCUUUCGUGGUUUAUAAUGUGUUAUCUAAUGGGGUUGUUGAAAUUCAAAACUUGGCGACGAACCAAAUUUUCAAGGUGAAUGGACAUCGGUUGAAACCUUUUGUCGAGAAUUUUGCAGUGUCUCUAUUGGAAGAAGAAAACUUGUGCAAGAAAAGAAUUGAAGGCAAUUUGAUGCAUGUUCGGGAUGAAUUGGAGACCAUUGAAGUAUCAAGAUGGAACUUGCAAGGAUACAAGGACUUCUGUUACAAUGGGAGUUUUUUAGAAAAUCUUUUAAGAUAUGUUCAUUAUUUGUUUCCUAUUUUUGAGGGAGAUAUAAAAACCUAUGGAUCAUCUAGGUUUAGGGUCUUUUGGAAGUUUAGUUUUUCUGUGGAGAGAAACUUGGAGAGGAGGCUGGCGGCUGCGGAGUGUUCCUCCAACGAUCAUCAGUUUUCAUGGAUUCUUGUAUAG